CGUUAUGUAAGGCCCGCGGGGGGCUGCGGCGAAGCGGCGGCUCCUGCUCCAGCCCCCCGCCGCCGCUCCUCUGCGUCCCUGCCGCCGCAGCCCCGGGGACGGGACCGGAGCGCAGAGGCGUUCGGUGCGGAGCCGCUGUCCCGUGGGCUGGGCCUCAUCUCUGGCCAUCCUCGGAGAGCACGAUGGCUGACAAUAAAGUGAAGCCGACCAAGCCUGCGAAUAAGACUCCUCCAAAAUCUCCUUCAGACCCAGCAAAGGACCGAGCAGCCAAACGGUUAUCCUGCGAUUCAAACAGCUCCCACGAGGGAGCUAUGGCCGGAGAAAUAAGUGCUCUGGAAGAGGCCUUCAGAAAAUUUGCUAUCCAUGGUGAUACGAGAGCCACAGGAAAAGAAAUGCAUGGGAAGAACUGGUCAAAGCUAUGUAAGGACUGUCAUGUGAUAGAUGGGAAGAACGUGACAAUCACAGAUGUUGACAUUGUCUUCAGUAAAAUCAAGGGAAAGUCUUCCAGAACUAUCACUUUUGAGCAGUUUAAGGAAGCUCUUCAAGAACUCUCCAAGAAGCGAUUUAAAGACAAGAGUGACGAGGAAGCAGUUCAAGAAAUAUAUAAACUAAUUGAAGGGAAAGCCCCGAUUAUAUCUGGAGUAACGAAAGCCAUUUCAUCUCCAACCGUAUCACGCCUUACAGAUACAACCAAAUUCACGGGUUCUCACAAAGAGAGGUUCGAUCCCAGUGGAAAAGGAAAAGGCAAAGCUGGACGAGAAGAUCUGGUGGAUGCUUCGGGAUAUGUAUCUGGCUAUAAGCAUGCAGGCACAUAUGAUCAUAAAGUACAAGGAAGCAAGUAAGGCUGAGGGUUUACAGUACAGGGAGAAAGAGAGGGGGAAAGAGAAUAUAUUUGUAAGAAUGAUGUAGAUGAAUCCCACAUGUUUUGGUUAUUGUGAGUGCUAAGACUAUGUUGUCAAGAAGUUGUUUUCAGGAACUGGAACUGAUUUCAACAUCUGCUGAGCUACUUGCAGCACAAUGCCACUUCAUUACAUUCCUCAUGCGUAUAUUGGCAAAGAUGAGUAAGUCGGUACAAAAGAAAUACAUCAUUUUGUUGAGCUUUAGACAAAAACAAACCCCAAACAAACCAACCCCAAAGUCAAGAGCAAUGAUGCCACACUCUCAAUUGAAGCAAAAGACCUCAAACAUUCCUAAAUGUCCAGUUGCCCUGAGGAUGCUGAAGAGAGCCUCUUGAAAAGAGGGUCUUUGCAAGCAGUCUUUCUGAAUGAUAGCCCAUUAUUUCUGCAGUUUCAUUUGGCUACUGUUUGGGGGCUUUUAAAAAAUGUCUUACAUGGGAUCUGUCACUUUCCUUAAAACAUUGGACAGCAUGCUGUUGGGGAGUGAGUGGUUGUAAUAUACAAGGUGCUAGCCUGUAAAUGUCCUACACCACCCAUGAAAAACUGAAGAAACAAAAGGACAGUAUGGGUUCUAAAGUGUUUUAUGUCAACAAAAACAAAAUAGGUGGAAAAUACCAGCCCUUAUUUUCCUCUUGUCUAUGCUUUGUGCUUGUUACUGUGUGUUCUGACUGGCUGGGUUGGGAUGGAGCUGCUCUACUAACCUGAGGGGUGAGGAACAGGACGUGACUAAGGAAGUCUGUAAAAGCUUUUUGCAGUCUGUUUUCAAGUUUGCUCUGCCUCACAUUUGAAAUGAAGGGGACAUGAAGCUAACAGUGCUUUAAAAUACUGAUCCUGACUAAACACUGCCAAUCAGGUUGCUAUUAAGUGGAUGUUGUUAUACACAUACAUUGGCACAUAUUCCCUUUAAGCUAUAACAUAUAUAAGAAAAGUUCACAGCCCCUUGGAAUAAGGACAGUUAUAGUCACUGUCUGCAUAAUCAGGUGCAAUUAACCCACAAAAAUACACUGCUAUAACUGGGCUAUAUUUUAUGUUUGAUUCAAUUGAAGCCAAGGGAUUUGAUUCACUGUUCACUUGGGAGCAGUAGUAUUGGUGGGAAUGGCUUUCCACUGCUAUAGGGAGAGAACUGAUUCCAUGGGCUUAAGGUACAGGCAGCUGAGUGUGACCUGCCUGAGGCUCAGAAUGACAAACCAGCUUCCUAGGAAUAAAAAUAACUCAUCUUUUCUGUUGGUUGAAAAGGAGAGACAAGGCUGGUCCAAUUUUCUGCGAGAGCUGGCAAGUACCCUAAUGCAUUACUCUGCUUCUCUACAAAUUCUGAAAGAUAAGAUUGCCAGAGUUCCAAAGCAGCUGCUAGCAGCUCUACUUUGCUGUCCUGCAAAAAGAGCUUAUGCACUGCUUUUCACAUUCAACUCUGAGUAAAGGCUAACAAAUGUAUGGCUCUGCCCCCACACCCGUACCAGCACCCUGCUCAGGGUAUAUACAAUUGAGUGAGCAGCGUGUGUUGUGUGUGCCAUGCAGGUCAACAGGCUGAAUGUGGCCAAUGCCUGGAGUCAGACCACUGUUUUUCAGCCCUUAAACUGCUCAUGUUUUGUUUUUCUGACACUGUCUUGUAACAGUGACCCUUGGAGCCAGUACAUCAGCCUGAAACCAAAACAACAAUAGCAAACAAAGGCAAGGACUUCCUUGUGGACUUGGAGAUCCUUGUUAUUUGUUUAUCAUUUAUUUUGGGUUCUGUUUUGAAGAGGGAGGGAAGUUUGCCAAACAUCCCACGUGUUCUUGUGAAGAUUGAAAUGGCUUUUCCCAUAGCUGGCUCUGGUUACCUGGGAAGAUUUUUGCUGUCUGUAAGGAUGUUGAGGAUGAGAAGCAUCCAGCUCCGUGAAGCCUUUCCAAGAGUCACCCAUUGUUCUUGAAGAGGGAUUUCCAUGGAAUGAAGGAUUAUCUACUCCCUGUGUUGCACUAGAGGCAGGUCACACUCUGAGGCAGAAAAUAGCAUCCUGUGGUACUAACAAUGGCUAAAUUAUUCCAGCAUGGUAGUGAACCUUUUCCCACAUCACUGGUGCCCGUGCACCUGAAGCAGGCUCCUGCUAGCAGGCUCCUGCACUAUUACCUGAAGCAGGCUCCUGUUCUGCACUAUUAAAAAGGCUGAGCCUCUAACCAUUGAUAAAUCCUUCAGCUCAGUUACAGGCAAUCCCAAUGUCCAUGUGCUUCCCAUUGACUUUAAGACUGAACUCAGACCUCGCUGGUGACUGUUAAUCUGGCUUUGUCACUAGCUACCUGCCUCAUCUGCCACAUCAGGGGACACUUAACCUGAGGUGCACAAAUGACAGGCUUUCUCAAGGACCCAAAUACUGAGUGCCAGUAAUGCCAGAUUGUUGCCACACGGAAGGAGUGAUUGGUAAGGAAAGUUUUAAGGUAUAGUUAGGUUUGAAGUUGCUAGUUCACAAUAUGAGAGAGACCAGCACGCUCGUAAGAUAGAAGGCAUGUAAAGGAAUUGAGAAUGCAGACAGAUCCGAGCUGACACUGACUAGAAACUGAGCUACUCUGCUUAGAAGAGGUUCGUGGAACUAGCUGGGGUUCUGCCAGAGUUUACUUUGCAUUGCUUGUACAGUAUAAAAUCCCUGCUGUGAACCAGAGCGCUUUGUAUGGAGCUGGUGCACAAAGUGCUUUGAGACGUUUUCGGUGCAUAGUAAGCUUUGGAUCAGGACCCAGGAAGAUGCUUCAGAUUGCAGUGUUUUAUUUUGAGGAACACACUCUUCUGUUUGUUUGUUUCUUCUUCAUUUCUACAGCUGGAUAGUUUUAAAACUCAACCAAACAGAUGCAUGAGAAGAAGUCCUUCUGGUGUGACAGUGACAAAGGGAUGUUGUGGCUGGAAAGGUAGUACUUUGGAAACACUUUUCCCUUUCAUUACACUUGAUGUGGAAGACAGAGUGAUGGACAAAAGCACCUCGUGCAGCUGUGUAUUAGGGGCUUGGCUACCUGCUUGAGCUCAUCCUUUUCCACUGAUAUCUGUAGGAGAUUAAAAGCCUAAAUAGUAGCUUGCAUGUUAGCCCAAAGUACCAAGCCUGCAAUGAGGCAAAGUACAUUUUCUUGUUCAUCUGCCAUUCCCUCAGCUCUCACAUCAGUGGGUACCUGAGAGGUGAAGGGAAGGACUAGCUCAGGAGGUGCGGGAGGUGACCCAUUUUCAGCCCUUGAGGUGUGGUGGAGCACAUGUCCUUCCUGUGCACCAUACUCUGGACUGUAAAUAAAUGUCAUGUCUGAAGUAAGGACAUGAGCAUCUAUCAAGUUUGACACUUGUCUCUUUUGCAGGGGGGAACCUCAACUCAUUCCAUCUGACUUUCCAGUCUGAUUUUCAGCAUCUUAUGCUGUGCAGCACUAUUUUAUGUGACAUCUUUUAUAAAACCCUCUUGUUCCUAAUUAUCUUUGCUUUCAUUACUGCUGCAAAAGAAAUGUGACCAGAAACUUCAGGUAGCUUUAACAAAUAACUACCUUAAGGACAAACUCAAAUUACACCGUUCAUUUAAAUAUGAACCCUUAAAUACUAUAAGUGCAUGGUCUUACCCAUAUCUCCACUGAGGUUAAGGCUCAGGCUUAACCUGACCAUCAAAGCCUUUGCAAGACCGAGGCAAAAGAGUAGUCCUUACAAAUACAUUUCUAAAUGCUAACCUAGUUUGUAAAUAAAAGAUGCAGAAGCCAAAUAGGUUUUCUUACCAGUGCUUACCUACUCAUUCCCUCUGCUCUCUCCACAUACUUUCAUUACUUGAGAGGGUUGCAGCAAUCUGAUCAGUGUGGAACUAUCAGAUACAAACAAUAUUGUCCUGCUUUCAAAGCUAUCACAAAGAGUGUUGUCGAGGAGCAGACAUUAAAAAGCAUCCGUUGUUUCGACAGGCCUACGUAAACAGUUGGCACUAACUGUAAUCAAAUAUUUGGACUCCCAAAGAAGAUGCUGAGCAUUGGACAGUGGCUGAGGUCUAGCCACUUGAAAAAACAACCCAAAAAACAAAAAACCCCACCCUACAAUAUUUCUUAUCUCCAUUUCACUUUAGGGAAAGGGAAGGGAGGUUUCAAAACCACUCACAUGUCACAGCUUGUGUUUCCCGUCAGCAUAGAGAUCGUCCUUCAAAGGUGUUUUAGACUGAAGUAUGGUAUUUUCCAUGUAUCUUACUGACCUCACCUACAUCAAAAAUUCCUCUGGCAACUUUUUGGCAUUAUAGAAAGCUUUGUUCAUGAAUUAGCAUUUCAGCCACCCCUAGUUUCCCUCGGUUAGCUCAGUUCAUAUUUUUGAUAGUAGCUGGCAUAAGCCAGAAUUAAAAGGCAAAUGGCUUCUCUGGGUUUGGCUUGCAAGCAGUAGAUAUCCCAGCCAUAUGUAACCAUCUGUAAGAGAAAGCCCUCAUGUAUCUUUCUCCACAGCCAAGACUUUAAAGUUGUAAUGGAUGGGUUUUUAUUUUUUCCUUGAGGCUCGUCAUAAUAUAGAUUUCAAUUCUUUGUGCCUGCAUGUGUGAUAUUCCAGACAUAACCCUGCCUUUCAGUGAUGCAUGUGUUCUGGAGGCAUGUGCCUGCCUGUCAUCCAUGAAUUCCAUUUGCACUGGCCAAGAAACAAACCUUUUACCUUCAUGAUAGAGCAAAUGUAACGUGUUGCACUGGUACGUGUCCUCUUAACUGACUGUUAGCCUCGCGUGCGUGCCAAAAUAACUACACCUUUGUGUACACUCUUUGUAGUGUGAGUAUUACCUUCUUGGCUCCUCUAGUAGUUGGUAAUAAGUGAUGUAAUGCACAAGACUUGUACGAGUUCGUGUGUGUGUGUGUGUAUGUGUGUACACAUAUUUUUUGGAUCCAGCUAAGUGAUUAAUCUGUAUAGAUGUUGAUACAAAUCUUGAAUCUCGUUAGGGCCAAACUCCAGUCCAGCAGCCAAAGCUGUUCAGCUUGGCCAGCUGGUGACACUGCCGUUCUCCCUCCGUAGCAGGAAGGUAAAGAUCUAAGGAGGCUUUUACAUUUUUACACAUCCACCCUGUUCCUAUUUCUGGGAGGAAUCACUCUUCUGAGAUUUUAACGUAGACUUCACAUGAGAAAAAGAGUUUCUCCAUAGCAAAGGAAGAAGGGGAAAGAGUCAGGGUGGAAACAAGACUGAGUGCUCUGAAGAGGCCACUUAAAAUUAUGCCCUUCAUGGGCCCUGUGUUUUCCUUUGAGGCAAGUUGACACUCAUUGUGUAUACACACAGUUGGUCAUCGUCAUCGAUAAGUCCAAAGUCAUGGCAUAUCCAGAUGGGAACAGCGACCAGGACUGUUGUACAAGGCCCACGGGCUUGAGUGGGGCCUAGAUCUCUCUAAAAUGAAAUACCUAAAGCAUGAUGACAGAUCUCAGACUCGUGUUCCAUUCUCACAGUCUGGAGUGCCUCAGCUUGGCCCACAUGUACCUUCUGCAUUUGGAGCGUUUGCCCAUCAAGUAGCGUUUAGACAUUUAGUUACUCAUUUUGUGCACCCAAGUGCCCGUUUGGCUUACCUGGUAUAACCUGGAAAUGAUGGGCUGAGAUGUUCUUUUAAAGUCUUCAGAAUCCUAACACUAGCCAGAUACUUGCAUAUUCAUGUUUGCUGAUGAAACUCAAUGCUCUGAAAGAUGUCCCAGCUACGAAUGGUGCUUCAGGAAGCUAAAGAAUAUUGCUGAUAGAACCUCUAUGUCUUAAUUGUCCAAGCAAUUUGCUUUUGCAGGGAGAAAUAACUGUAAUACGUUUGGAUUUUUCUUUCAUGUUUUCAGCAUAUAACCUUGGCUAUACAAAAUCAUAUAGGGAAGGUGGAUUUCAAACGAGUUUUAGAUGUAACUCCUUACUUUGUUGUCAGAAAAACCUUUGAAUUGGCUUGUUUCAUUCCAACUAAUUGAUCAUCUGCUCUGGGUAGACUUUGGCAAGAGCAAACCUGACAAUAAAUGAAAGAAAUAAACCCCAAGCCCAAACCAAACAGCCUGUUUGCUGGGUGUUCUUGACAGAUGUUUGCCACGCUGGUAGUUUGAAAUGAUUUUGGAACAAAUAAAUUCCCUUUUGUAAUGGUGCACAGGCAGAGAGGCAUUGCUUUGGGGCAAGGCCACCGAAGAGGCUUUUUGUUGUUCUUUAAUCCCUGACAUUUGGAGCCUGGCACUGAAGUGCCCAACUGGAUAACCCGAGAGUGAAGCCCCCACUGUAGUCCAGUGCAGGUAAACAGCCAAUGGAUGGAUUUUCAAAUAUAGUUACACAUCAUCUCCUCUUGUGAGUUACUGUAAAGCUUCUGGCACUGUACAAAGGGAGUUUUGCUGUGUUUGUGAAAGACUUAAAGCUCUUGAUGGUUGGCCCUUCAAAGAUCUUUCUCUGACUCUGCACGUUUUUCACAACACAUCACCAAGGUGAAUGAAGCUGUAUUUGAGUUAAUGAAAAAGAUAGGCCUAAAACGACACUCUCAGCUCCUCCCCCUCUCCCUCGUGAUCAGGAGCUGUAUGGUGGAUGAGCAACAAAAUAAGGAAAAAGAGGGCAGUCUGUGUCCCCAGGACGGUGAGUGAGUUGAAGCUCCCGUUUACAUCAGCUGAGUUUCUGUACGCUUCCGUUUGCUCCAAUGCUAUCUUUAAACAAAGCAAUUAAAUAAUGUGAAAUAAUGCAGCCUGGGCUCUGUUAAAUAGGGUUCAAUUAAUGCAACUGAGAUGCUGUAUGUCUGUAAUAUUCAUGCUAGAUAAGUACUAGCUCUUUACAAAGGCUUUGUGUAAGGUCAGUUAACCUACAGACCCCGGUGUCCCGUAUGAAAUCCUGUCGGCAAACUGCUUUUGUUGGCACCGUAGUGCAUGGAACGGCAAGGUCAUCGCCAAAACCACGUCACAGGACGUAACAAAAGUGUGUCUGCGUUUCUGUCCGUGCUGUGUUCAGAAUGGAUCAGCUUUGGCAAAGUAUUGCAGCAGGGAAGAUGUUUUGUAUAAUGCUUACAUUGCCAAGUCAUUUGUCUUUACAUUCUGUAAAGCAGAGAUGCGGUCGAUGUUGGAGAAGUGUAUUGAAGUUUAUUCUUAGCAAGGUUUUAUGUUUCACAGAUUUAAAUAUUACAGGAGAAAUAUAUAUAUAUAUUUAUACAGAAGUAUAGUUUUUGAAUGCUUGAGGUUGGUUUCCUUCAGUCAUGAACUGUUCAUUUAGCCACGUGAUGCUUUUUCCCCUUUGCCGGCUCAUUUAUCUGUCCGUGCUGUCCCAACAUCCAUUUCUAAUUUCCUGUAUAUGUUUUGAUUCUUUAUUUGCACAGAUCUGGAUGUGCAUGCUGUCAGGACCUGGUCAGAAAGCACAGGGGCAAAACUGCUGUGUCUUUGAUCACCUAGAGCAUCCGUAAGAAAUAAUGGUUAAAUAGUUGUGAUAGGGAGAUGGGUCUUGACAUAGUCUUCCUUGGAGCACUGUACAGCGUGAUAAAAACCUUCAGUGAACCUUACUAGUUCUUGUUCUUAUUUUCAUUUGUCUUUCAUCUUGGUCCAGAAAACCAAGAAGCUGCUGUGUGCUAGUAAUGACCUGCAGGGUUUGUCAUUGCAGGCGUCGCGAACGUUAACAUUCAGCUGUACUAGCCUACUGUGUUCACUGUGAAAUUCCCGACACAGUACAAAUUUGACGUGAUCGUUUCACCUUACAGGUUUACUUUAUUUUUUUCCUCACUAAUUUAACACUGAACCUUUAUUUUUUCUUGCUCAUUGUUACGGAUGAACGACUUGAGCGUAGCAUUUCUUAACCAUAACGGAUGAAUAUAUCCUAAGCAAAGAGGGGUGUUCUUUUUUAACCACUUGAUGAAGGGGGCCAGGCACCAUCCAGUGCAAAGCACACUGGGCAAAAAAAAAUCUUUAUCCCCGUUGCAGUCAGUGCCAAAAUUCUAACUGGUGUUAAUAAAAAUUGGACCCGUCGUUACCAAGGGGUUAAUACGCUUAGUAACCGUGGUGAGAGGUUAUGGGGGAGCACAACAGUGAUUCUCUGUUUCCAUAUCUUUGUUUCUGUUAAUUUAAAACUACUACUAUUCAAUCUUUAAAAUAAGUAAAAGAAACUUGAAGGGGGGAUCAUAUACUACUAGUUUGUACUAGGGUUUUUCAGGAAAAGGAAACAAAUUUAUAUAUAUAUAUAUAUAUGCAAUAUAUUUUUACACUGUUUAUUAAUGCUAGAAAGUAUUAAAUGUAUCACUUUAUCAGUGUGAAUGUUAAAGUAAUGACAAUGUUAUGGGUGUUUUAAACCUUUUCAAGUUGUCUCGUUAGAUUCUAAACCCACAUUAACAAUGGAAAAGCUACUUUGUCUGCAACAUUAUCGUUGGUGUUUUAGGGAAAAAAAAAGCACUGUAAAAGCUUGGCUUGAAAAGUUGUAGUGAAAUCCAUAUUGUAAACACCAUUUCUUAAGGCAUAGCUUCUCAUAAGGUAUGUUAAUGCUGUUGACUGACUGUAUAAAAUUGUAUCUUUAGUUGGUAAAGUGAUCAAUAAAUG